AUGUGUUUUCAAGUUUUGGAGCUGUACAGCGCUUGCCGAUGCCUGUACUACCAACACGCUGUCGAUCGUUGCCCGGAGUACGGGAAGAGAGGACACAAUAUCAAUCAAAGAAAAAUACUGGUCGGGUACGCCUGCUUCGAUCAUUCCAGGGAGAAUGCACAGUACUGUCUCAAUGAGCCGUCUGGCCAGCUGAGAACAGCUGCAAAAGACAAGACACCACGCAAAUCGCCAGCUCGCUCGCAGAAGUCUUCAUCAAAUGAGAUUCCGAUCGAAAUCAGAACGCCGAAGUGGAUUAAGACGGGAUCAAAACUGAAUCCGAAGGACUUAAAGUCCUCGCCCCUUACUGCACCAUCACCAGCAAGCGAGGCGUCCGCCCCCGUGAAUGUAACGAGACUCCCUCGAACAACUAUAACGACUGGAAAGCAACUUGAUACACCAACAGCUUUCGAGAUCACAGAGCAUGCAGAUUACCACGUUCGCGGUACAGAUUCCCAUCAUGAAGAAGUUGGUGACUACAGUGAUUCCCACCCACUGGCAACUCCGAGCCAGACCGAUGAUUUUGAAGACUAUGUCUUCGCAGGUGGCAUUGAAACAGAUUCAGAGUCAUGCCUGUCCGAUGAAUCCGUGGAGUCAGAGACAGAAUCGAUCAGCUCACUAGUAUCGACAAAUACUACUGUCGACAGCGAUGCAACCGAGGCCAUCUUCCGGCGUCUGCUGUUAUUCCGAGACCUGAAGCAUCUUUGGCCACAAUUACUAGUCCGAUGCGGAUCUCGCAGUAUUGGUGUCGUUACGAUUGAAAGGUUCAUCAGGCGCUAUUCGGAAGACCUGGCAGGCUGUGCCGCGACUGUUCAGGAUUCAGAGAGCGGUAUCUGUCUCGCCGCAUCUCAGUUUGUCCGCAAAUCGCGACUCAAUAUUGCACACAGGAUCUGGGAAGCUCAUGACGAAGGCUCAGAUGACCACGAGGAAGCAGAGGACUAUAGCGCCGACCGGGCAGUUGACAAUAUAGACGCAGAGAAGGUUGGAGAUGACAACGACAAGAACUUCGUCUACGAUUUGUCAGAACGCUUUCUCUUUGAAACGACCCCUAUACUGGCACUAGAGGCCAAUGUCAAGGCGUUCGUUGGGUUUCCGCACCCAGGUGUCGAUGGGAUCGUCAGUAGAUUCCUUCUAUCUGCGGAGGUCUGCUUUUCGAAUGUCGUCUCUAUAAUUCAUGAGCCUGCUCCCGAGCCCGGGAAACGAAGAGUGCGAUGGAGAUGCAAAUGCGGGAUGAAGCUUUACGAUGACUACAUUGAGCUUCAGCCAGGGGCCAUUUCGAAGAUCGAACAGCUCCUGGCUGACUAUUUCUCCAUUGUGCACGGAACUGAUGAAAGUCUAAAUCCGAGCGUAUCGUCCAAUGUCAUGCGUCAAGAAACUCCUCAGAUGGACCACAACUUUGUUUUGCUAUGCGUUCCCUUCAUGCGGUGGGCCUCAAAGUUAUGGCAGGCAGAGAUUUGCAGAAUAAACUCCGACCGUGACUUCUUCCGCGUCCUGCGUCACUACUACGAUAACCAUGGUAAAAGGCCAUGGGCUUGGCUGCGCAAGGUGCAGGCUGUGAAUUUUGUCAAGUUUGAGAUGUAUCAGAGCCAGCUAGUGGAUAUUCAAAGAUGCCCCGAUGUCCCAUCCGAAAGUCAAGCACACAACACCUACUCCUUCGAUCCCCUCCCUGCCGAGACCAAUCCUCCCAUCGGGCCCAAUCUCCUCACACACUUACUUGAGCAUCCUGAGGAUGCAGAGGUUCUUCCUGUACUGUACCGGAAAUUUCCAAAGAAAAUCCGCGCGAAGCUGCAAGCCUGCCCUCAGAAGGGUAGCGCAGUGGGAUGGGGAGUACAGUUUGUUGAAGGUCUGAAUUGUCGAGUCUCGAUUUGCAACCUAAUCGCCAAGCCGUCCAAAUUUCUGAUUGGAGAGCACAGACGAAAUCCCAGCAGUGACCAUAGCCACAACGCCCUCGUCUAUACGCACGCCGGCAGUGCCAUUGGAGAUACAAAAGGCCCAGUAGGCCCGUCUGUUGCGCUCCCGGCCCUCUUUCAAGAACAACAUCAGAACAAUCCAUUCUUUCAUCCACACUUUGACAUCCAGUUCUUCGGUCGAUCGUCGCUGGGCGAGAUGGCUGCAUUACCGACAGCGUGGGUCUGGCUGCUCUUGGCCUGGUUUGCGGCUAGUGACACCAGACUCCUGGAGCAUGUCUCUACAAUGAGAAAGCAGGCCGGGAAACAGCAAAAGACUACGAGUGGCCAAAAGUCGAGUGAAAGAGCCGCAUUCAGCAUAUAUGCUCGCAUUGCCGCGUAUGUCUCCAUAGCCGUAUUGUUUUGGUCGUUAUCUUCGUCACCGCGCGAACAGGAAACAGUGCCAUUGGGCAAACCAGAGCAAGCGUUUUCGUUCAGCAUACAGUCAAGCAGCAAACCGUCCGAUCAGGAAACUCCUGUUCCCUCCCAGAAUGAAUCCGCAGCCGAGAUCCACGAGCAACUAGUCUAUAAUGAGACACUGGGGUUCCAGAAAAUAUUUGUCAUCAAUCUACCGGAGCGGACAGACAAGCGCGACGCUUUGUCUCUCAUUUCUGCCCUGACCGAUAUCAGACUGACAUGGACGAGUGCGAUUCGCGGGUCAAACGUGCCGGACAAAGCCCUGCCCUUAGGCGUAGACAGGAAAGGUUGGCGAGAUGGAGGCAUUGGGUCCUGGCGCAGCCAAAUGAAUGUGAUUCGAACUAUGGUCGAGGAGAAUAUAGCGAGCGCCCUUAUUUUAGAGGACGAUGCCGAUUGGGAUGUUCGUUUGAAAGAACAACUUGAGUCCAUCUCUGAGGGAACGCGACUGCUUCUCGAAAGAGCUCACAAGGAAGAGGACUUUGUGUCGAAAUUGAGCCCAAAUACCAGAAAAUGGGACAAUAUCAACUCACCCUACGGUGAAGGUUGGGACAUCCUGUGGCUGGGGCAUUGCGGCGAAACAUUCCCAGAGCGAAUUCCUGGGCACCACGAAAUUUACGACCUGUCAUCGGCGCGAUACACAUACUACGCACUGCAGGACGACGAAACCUUGCCAAGCGAUCCCAAGGAUAUCACAGAGACAUGGAUCGGUCUUGAGCACGAGAGUGAAAAGUACCGCAGCACGCGAUGGGUGCACUUUAGUGGUGGUCCGACUUGUAGUCAGGCUUACGCCUUGUCACAAGCUGGCGCGAGGAAAAUUCUGCAUGCUUUAAGUGUCGGCGGCACACUUAUUGAGCAGCUGGACAAUGCCAUGAGCCACCUCUGCCGUGACCACACGCCAUGGGAUAGCCCUGACGAUGUAAAAGGUCCACCCGGAUAUCCCGGCGCCAAUAUGCGGUGUUUGAGUGUCAAUCCGCCUCUGUUCUCUCAGCACAAGCCUCGUGGGAGGAAGGCAGCAGGCUCCGAUAUUGAGACCGUGGAGGAUGGCGAGGAAGUAAGAGAAGUGGGAGAGUCGCCAAAUCUGGUUUGGAGUGCUCGACUGAAUGUGCAAAAUUUGAUGAACGGAAAGCCCAUGCAAGAUCAAUUCUCUAAAGCUAGGGAAGGGAGGAAACAGGCAGAACUAGACUUGUAA